AAUUUGAAUUUGAAUUAGCGGAAGAAAUUGAAGUAGCAUCAGAAAUAGUAACACCAUCAGAUACUGGUUCAUCUUUUGUUGAAUCAGAAGAAUUAUUUCGUGAACCAGGGGUAAAAGGAUAG